CUGUGCGGCUGCGCGUGCGUGUUUUUUUUUGACGAGUAAAGAAAGAAAGGAACGAACCGGCAUGGACGAGCCCUAUCCUGCCGAGCCGCCGCUGCCGCCCGCCGACCGCCGCCAUGUCUCGUUCUCACUGCCAGGCGGCCAGCCCCGUGCGGCAGCGGGCAGUACUCCCCUUCCCAUAUCCCGCGACAGGCCCGGCAUGCUGCCCGGCGAGGCGGUGACCCGGUUCGUCCAGUCCAGCAGUGCCCGUCCAGGUCUCGAGAAGCAACCGCGGCGGCCGGCGCCCUUCGGCAUUCCGCCUCAGCGGCUCACACACAGAGGGUUAUCCCCGUCUCCAGCUCUCCCAAAUUCCAGCUUGUUAGAUGUCACAGUUUGAUGCCUGAUUGAAGCAUGACCUUAGUUCUUAAUGCUUUCCCCUUUAUAUGCUGUUUCCUUCCUUUAGUUUUGUAUAUACAAUUCUGCAGUCCUGUAAAUGUGGGUACUGAUUUUAUAAAUUCUAGUUUUAUAAUUAUGCAGUUUUAUAUAACUAUUUUUACCUGCUAUUUAUGAUUUGCAUUUCAAAAAUUUAUCCUAGAAGGUUUAGCUUCUACUACCAUUGAGUUGUAUCCAUGAGAGGCUCAGAUCAAUCAGUACGUUCAUUUGAUACCAUCUUUUGUAUCAUCUAUGUUAUAUAUUGUCCUUUGACAUGUCUUACUUUAUUGGUUGGAUCAUCACUGAACAAAUACUGUUAUUGAAUAUUAUAUUUGGGUUUUGAUGGGGUAUGCAACAUAACUUCACUUUUGUAUGCCGUGAAAUUGGGUAUUUUUGGUAUUUUUGCCCUUAGUUUUUCGCCUGGGGUAUCGGCCAAUCCUGGCUCCGCCACUGACCAUGGUGUACUCUCGCAAAAAUAAAUAAAUUGAUACUUGCACCCAGCGGACACCUUGCCUGAUGCUCAAGUAGAAAUAUAAUACUCGGCGCAAAUGAUCAACGUUCCCUAGAGACUUGAUAUACUAGUGGAAACCUUGCUUGAUGCUCAACAGCUCAAGUAGAAUUAUAAUACUCGGCGCAGAUGAUCAACAUUCCCUAAAGACUAAAGAGAUUCGAUAUACUUAGUGGAUACCUUACUUGAUGUUCAAGUAGAAAUAUAAUACUCGGCGCAAAGAGACUCGAUAUUGCUAGUACUAGCUCUUUGACUCUGGUGGCCUGCUCAUUUCACCCAUCAGUGCUGAGUAAUACUCUCAAAGAGCCGAGAUCUUCUCCCUCGUCACAAACUGAGGAUAAAUUAUCCAGGACGCCGGAGCCAUGGCUGUUGUCCUGGACGCUUUCGUGCCAUAUGUGAAGAAGAUGAUUACCAGCAUGGCGGAAGAGGAGGUGCGCAUGCUGCUGGGCGUCUCUGGCAAGAUCAAGAGGCUGGAGGCCAACCUGGUGUACCUGCAGGGCUACCUGGCCGAUGCAGAGAGGAGGCACAUCACCGACAAAAGUGUGAAGGUGUGGGUGGGGAGGCUCAAGGACGCCAUGUACGAGGCUACCGACAUCCUCGAGCUCUGUCAACUGGAGGCCAUGGAGCGACCGAAGGAGAGCGGGCGUAAUGCCUCCAGCUCCACCCGCUUCCGUUCUCUCGUAGGGCAGCUGAAGAAGAAGCUGCAGGGCUUCCUCGAGCCGCUUCUGUUCUGCCUGCAGAACCCGGCCUUCACCCAUGAGAUCGGCGGCCGGAUCAAGAGGCUGAACGGGAAGCUGGACAGCGUCCGCAAGGACGCCGUGGUGUUCAACUUCCAUGCCAACUUCGGUUCAUACGAGGAACGGAGGCAGCCGUCGGAUCCGGCGAGCCACAGCAGGAUCAACAGGACGACGCCGGGGUUCGACGAGUCAUCCAUCGUGGGGGACAAGGUCGAGAUGGACACAGAGGAGUUGGUGCACAAGCUCACCAGCCACGGCCACGACAUGGCAUCCGCCAGGGUGAAGGUGGUGUCCAUCGUCGGCCCGGGCGGCAUGGGCAAGAGCACCCUCGCCAAGAAGGUCUUCGCGCAGGAGGCCAUCAAGGUGGAGUUCAAGACCAGGAUAUGGCUGGGCAUCACCCGGCGCUUCGACAAGGCGGAGCUGCUGAGAGCCGCCAUCACGCACGCCGGUGGCAAGCAUGGCGGCGAGAGGGAUGAGUCCAUGCUCGAGACAGCCCUCACUGAUGCCCUGUUGGCCAACAGAUUCCUGUUGGUCUUGGAUGACGUGUGGAGCGACCGAGCAUGGAAGGAGGUGCUCCAGGUUCCCGUCGUCAACGCCGGUCGGAGGCACCCGGGGAGCCGCGUCCUUGUCACCACGAGGAACGAAGACGUCGCUUUCAGGAUGGGAGCCUCCGGCAGCGAUCAAAUCCAUGUCAGCAAACUGGACGAGGAUGAUGCCUGGUCCUUGCUCAAAAAACAGCUGCCACAAUUGCAGGAUGACGAGAGUCACUUUGAUCAACUAAAAGAUGUUGGGAUGAAGAUCAUUGAAAAAUGUGACGGUUUACCACUUGCCAUUAAAGUGAUGGGAGGACUCUUAAGCACAAGACACCCAAGCGAACGUGAAUGGGAGAUUGUUCUGAACAAGAAUCUCGAAUGGGAAGAGCAUGGGUCACAGGAGGAACUGAACUACUCGGUACAUCUGAGCUACGACGAUCUAUCUCCAGAGCUGAAGCAGUGCUUUCUAUAUUACUCACUCUUCCCCAAGGGUUCAGAAUUCCUAGAGGAUAUAGCCAUUAGCAUGUGGAUUAGUGAAGGGUUUGUUCAGGCCGACGAGAGGUCAGAGUCAGACCAACUAGACCUAGAGGAGAUAGGAGCUGAGUACCACCGGGAGUUAGUCGCCAGGAACCUUCUAGAGACCAAUGAGUCAGCUGAGAGCGGAUGGGCCUACAUCAUGCACGAUGUUGUCCGUUCCUUUGCUCGGUUUGUGGCUAGGGAAGAAGCUCUUGUGGUUCUCAAGGAGCAGACCGACAUUAGAAGCCUUCUUUCACAUAACCAGAGAAUCCGCCGUCUGUCCAUGAAAUUAACCAAUUCAGUACUGGAGUGGGAUAUCCUAGAAAAGCUGGAAUCACUAAGGACACUGGUUAUAGCCUGCAACUUCAAGCCCGGCAGUGGUUCUGGUCCUUCACUUGCUUCUUCUUUUGCUAGCUUACGGGCACUGGAUAUCAGCUUUGCAGACUGCGACUGGUUGGUCGACCAUUUGUCUCAGCUGAGGCACCUACGGUAUUUGUCCUUCACUGAGACGGAUGUAUCUAGGCUGCCCCAUGACAUCCACAAGAUGAAGUUCCUUGAGCACAUUGCACUGUUCAACUGCAGGAAGCUGGACAAGCUUCCUGACGGCAUCGUAAAGCUGGGGCGUCUAAGGUAUCUCUCCAUAGAUGGGUCCAGUGUUGAUGUUGUGCCCAAGGGGUUUGGCGCGCUGACGAAUCUGAGGUCAGUCUAUGGGUUUCCGGCAAAGAUGGUUGGGGACUGGUGUACUUUAGAAGAACUGGAGCAUCUCUUUCAUCUUAGGACUCUUAGGAUACAUGGUCUGGAAAAUGUGCCUGGUGGUUCAGUGGCGGCAAGGGCCAUGAUCGGCAGCAAGAAGCAUCUCAGCUUUCUGGACUUGAUCUGCCACAAGAAUGAGGAGGAAGAUGGAGUGGGAGGAGAACAGAUUCCUGAAAAGGACCAGGAGCGAAUUGAGGCGGUGUUCGAUGAGCUCUGCCCACCGCCGUACCUGGAGGAUCUGUUCAUGGCAGGAUACUUCGGCCGUCGGCUGCCAUACUGGAUGCGGGCGCCAACUGCAAUGGCCUUCAAGAGCUUGACUGGCAUCACGCUAACGCGUCUGCGUUGUUGCACCCAGCUACCCGACGGAUUGUGCGGGAUGGUCAGCCUGGAAGGGCUGGCGGUCAACUGGGCUCCGGCCAUCAAGCUCGUCGGGCCCGACUUCCAAGCCCUUCCAAGUGGAAAUGGCGGCGCUGGUGACCUCUUCGUGACAAGACCGUUCCCUAAGCUGAAGAACCUGAAGCUGCACAACAUGACGGGAUGGGAGGAGUGGGACUGGGCGGAGGAGGAGCAGGGCGGGGCCAUCUCCAUGCCUGCACUGGAGUAUCUCAGCAUCAUCCAUUGCAUGCUCAGCCGUCUCCCCCCGGGACUUGCUAGCAGCAACAGGUAUAACCUGAGAACGCUCGACCUCAGCAAGCUCAGCGCCCUAGCGUCGCUGGAGAAUUUCCCUUCGGUCAUGGAGCUCGAUGUGCUCUACUGCCCCAAGCUCAAGAAGAUCAGUGGCUUCGCGAUGCUCCGAAGGAUGGCCAUCACUGAUUGCCCGGAGCUGGAGACGCUGGAAGGUGUCCCGGUGCUCAAGAGCUUGCUGCUGAAUGAUGAGUCAUGGGAGAUUGUCGGGACGUCUGCGUAUCAAGCUGGACAGCCGCGUCAGCUCCCACAAAACCUCACCAUUACCAGGUAGCUCUGAUCUUAGAGAUGACUGACGUCUGAUAUCUGAUGACAGAAGGCGCUAUCGGCUGUCUGCCCCCCAUGCUUGAGAAAAUAUAACAAGAGGGACUGUAAUGUAAGAAUGUAGCGAGUGACUGCAAUAUAUUUCUCUUCCACUGAAGUUCUCCUUCGACUUUGAGCAUUCACCUUGACCAACAAUUAGUUUUCAGGCUUGGCGCCUGUGAAUGGAUGACUGAAUCCGUGGAGGCAUCAACAUUUUCAUA